CAGCGAGCAUUCCAUCAUUUGUCUUGCAUUUGCAGGUGUCUUUCCUUCGAGUCUUCCGCGGGCUUCCUCCUACCAGGUCGCUCCUUCCUUCGUCAAUCUCGCCUUCUCCACAAGCAAACACAAUGAUCACCCGGACCUUCGCCCUUGUCGGGCUGUAUGCCUCCACAGCGCUCGCCGUCUGCACCAAACUCGAGGACUGCCCACAGUACGAGACGCUCAAGACAAACGAUUGCCAGCAAUACCACCACUUCCUCCUCCGCGGCUCUACCUCGCCGUACCCUGGCCAUGUUAUUUCGACAGUGGCCAAGGUCUGCGACAAGUUCAACACCGAGAGCACACCCCAUGCCUGCGGAUAUGAGGACAUCGAGUACUCGGCGAUGAACGGCGGGGACAGGUGGUGCAAGAGUGCACACGAGGGCGCACUCAAUGGUGCGGCGCAGAUGCUCAACUACACAACGCGCUGCCCAGAUAGCCACCUCAUUCUGAUGGGCUUCAGUCAGGGCGGCAGUGUUGGCCUCGAUGUCUUGGGCGGUGGAGGAGGUGAGCUCUGGGGCUGCAUGCAGGAGAGCAACCCGGCUAUGGAUAUCUCAUCUACACCGGGGUCGAAGAUCGCAGCAGCCCUCAUGUACGGCCCCACGCGCCGCUCAGCGAACCAGACCUGGACUGUCGGCGGCGGCGAGGUUAGCGACGGCGGCGCGCCUCGAACCGCCGAGCAGAACGCAGGCCUAAAGCCAUACGCCGACGCCGGCAUCCUGCGCGAGUACUGCCAACCGCGCGACCCUAUCUGCGCGCCUCAUACCGAGAAUACUGAGAUGUCCUUCCACUUGGACUACUUCGACAAGUACAGCGACGAGGCCUCGGCUUGGGUCGCGGACCUCGCAAAGAAGGCCGCCAACAAGAGCACAAGUAACGACGAGAACCAGAACGAUGGAGAUCAGACAAGUGCAGGCGGCAUGCUGAAGGCUGGCAUCAAGCACCCCGUUGGCAACUUCAUCAUUGGUUUUGCCGCGCUGGUUGGGCUAUUGUGAGUGCUUUCCAUCUUCUAGGAGAAGCCAGCAG